UACAAAUCCCCUCAUCGGCCGUGACAACUCCUUUGGGCUUCAUCCAAAAUAUACAUUUCCAGUUUCUUUUUUAAAAAUUUCUGCUUUUGCACUCCAGCUUGAAUUUGGACUUUGCCUUAUUUUUGCUUUUACUACGUGUUACUGAUUGGCACCUUGCUGCUGACUUCAAAGUUAUCAUGGAAGAACAAAACACAAGUCAGGAAAUGGACAGUCUUGCAACUCAAGUUGUCCCAUCCACAUCUAAUAAAGGAAAGAGGAAGUCCAAUCCUCAGGGCAAAUCUAGCAAGCAGCCAGCAGCUAAACAAAAACGUGUGUCUACACCAGGAAAAAACUCAGAAGCAAUGAUACUGCCUGAUAUUAAAGCCAUUAUGGAAGAGGUCACGGCAAGACUACAAGUUCAAAAUGAACUAAGUGCUUUCCUAAAGAAAAAAAUAACAGAAUUGGACAAAGACAAGAGGGUACAAAUCGGUGUUUUUGGUGAAACCGGGGCAGGAAAAUCCUCUUUGAUAAAUGCAAUCAUUGAUGAGGAAAAUCUUUUGCCCUCUUCUGAUGAAUGUACCAGUGCAUGCACCUCAGUCAUCAUAAAGGUGGAGGCUUCAGUGGACGACAAGUAUCAGGCACUCAUUGAGUUUCUUAAAACAGAGGAGUGGAACGAUGAGUUGUGGUAUUUGCUUCAGUCAGCUGGAGAUAAAAACAAUGAAGAAACAGCUGAUGAUGAUGAUGAUGAUGAUGAUGAUGAUGACAGUAAUGAUUACAUUGAGAACAAACUGUCAGCACUGUACGGAGAAGAAUGGAAAAAAAAUUCAUUUAAAGACCUAACGGAGAAAAAAUGUUUCAGUGAUAUUCAUGAACUUCUUAAGUCUGGGACGAAGACUUUCACAUGUAAAACUGCUAUGGACUUAUCUGGCAAACUUACCCCAUACACAAUGAAUAGCCCUUUACCUUCUCAGAGCAAAACAAGGAAAGGAAAGAGGUACUAUUGGCCAAUAGUGAAGUGUGUGACUGUCAAGGUGCCAAACAAGGAUCUUCUCCAGCAUGUCACACUUGUGGACCUUCCUGGAAGUGGUGACUGUAACAAGAGCAGAGAUGAAAUGUGGAAAAGGAUUGUUGGUGAUUGUUGCGUUGUGUGGAUUGUGACUGAGAUUAAAAGAGCAGCAUCUAAAGAGACAGCCUGGAAAAUCUUGAGCCGUGUCAGUAGGUUCAUUGGAAAUGGUGGCGAGUGUCAGCUUAUUUGUUUUAUUUGCUCCAAGUCUGAUACAACUGGAAUUUCACAUGGCCGUUUGCCAGGUGAAGUCCAUAAACUCAUAGUUAACAGAAACACACAAGCCAAGGAACAAGUAAAGCAAAAAAUAAAAAAUAAGAAGAAACCCUUCAGUGAUAACUGUUUCGAAGUGUUCACAGUGAGCUCCCGUGAGUUCCUACAAAAGGAGCAUCUAGAUCCAGAAGAAACUGAAAUACCUAAACUUCAAAGACUUCUGAAAAAUCUCAACAACCUUCACUCAGAGACAAAAAAUUAUGUGUCUGGAGCUUUUACGAUUCUGUCUCUGAUUCAAGAUGCCAAACACAAAAAAGCAGGUGAUAAAAAUGAAAAUGUGUGUGCAGAACUUAAAAACACCCUGGGAUGCAAAUAUGAACAAAUCAAGAAAGAAAUAGAAGAGGUCUACAAGACUUUUGAAAAAUGCCUUAGCAAGGGGGUUGAAAACUCCAAAAAAGAAGAUGAAAACAAAUUGAAGAAGUUAUUGGACAAAGAGGAUGGCCGUGGUUUUCACAGGACAUUAAAGUCUGUUGUUGAGGGAGGUGGCGUCCACAAAACAAGGAAAGAAAUAAACUUCAACGUGGAAUUAGCUUCAUGCCUGACUAACAGUAUUGAUGAAAAAUUCAGCAAGAUCUUCCCGUGCGCCUCCUGGUCUGACACUAUACGAAUCAAUCCUGCAGUUACAUACAAUGAUUUAACAUAUUUCAGACCAUUCAAUGGAUCCAUUAGUGCAUUUUCGCUUGGAACCGAUUUACUGACUACUGAGUACAAAGAUCUAAAACUACAACUGGAUUUUCUCAAGAUGGAGGAAGAAAAAAUUAAGGAGAAACUCAACGAAACCAUCCGGAUAGAAAAGAAAAUGAUCUACAACAGUCUGUUGGAGACAAUUGAGACAAAGAUGAAAGAAUGCUAUGAAGAGGCAGCAAAAUGUGGUGGAAAUGGCAAAUUACAAGAUAUGAAGACCAUUAUCAAGAGCCAUGUACGCUCAAAUAAGGAAAUGUAUGAGGAAGCAAAAAAUGCCAUGUUGGAGAAGGUGGAUGCUUUAAAGAGAACCAUCCUGGAGGAUCUGGAGAACGCCAUGACAGAAUCCAUUGAAUUUUCUCUCAGGACUGACAACAACUCACUCCCAGAUGUUUCAGAAGAGCUAGAGAGAGUGACAAAACAUCAUGAUGAACUUUUAAGCAGUCAACAUUAAAAAAUGUAACUGGGUAAAUACUGAUAAAAUGUUUUUGUGCUAAAUAAUGUGAACUGAUCCACCCAGCAGUUGCUCUAAAUCCAUGGUGUAUAUACAGCUCCAUUUUAGUGAAGCUGACUUUUUGUGAAGAACACAAAAACAACACUAGUGUGAACAUUUUUUAUGAACACUUCUUAGGCAAAUUUUAGGGGGAUUUUACUGUUUUUCCUCAAUGGCUGAGCAUUUAUCUCUCUGAUUAUUUCAAAAAAAAUAUUUCUGAUAUUUCAGGUCACCCGUGAUAUCUUCAGUCACAUUUUUCAAGUUGUUUUGUGUUCUCUCUUUGAAUGUUAUGCUGAUGCUUACUUUUGACUUUCAGUCAAGUCUUUACAUCUGAAGUCAUUAGCCGUUUCUGGAUACAAACUCUGCUUCAGGUCCAAUUCAUUAAGGCACUUGUGUUUUACCAUGUUUUCAUGCUUUGUAUCCUGUUGUAUUUAAUCUGAACAAACCCCUGAAAAAAGUCGAUGGUCAUUGUUGCCAUCUCUGGGUUUUAUUAGCCCUAUUCAUCGGCAGCACUUUUUAAAAACUUAUGAUAUAACUACAGCCCAACCCAUGCAGCAGUGCAGUGCAUUAAUGACUAACCUCAUAUUGUGGAUGGAUUAUCUCAGCUGUUCUCCUGACUGAAGUUUGGUCGGUUUACAACAUCCUGCCAUGCAAUUGCAUUUGUCCCGAACCAUUGGGAACCCUCGCGUUAAUUUUUAGCGAGUGGAAGAAGGUUAGCGUUCAUCCUCCAGCUUCACUGUGCUAAUGUUUUUAUAGUAUGCUAACCAUAGCUGUGUAGCUAGCCACCACGUAUCACAUCAUCAUAUACCAGCUAUCCCAACUUCAGUAACCCUAUAAAGGUCACUAAUGUUUAGUUUUCUGUCUUGAUUUAUGUCGGAAGUGGUAGCAGAGCUCUACGUUUUAAUUUUUCAGAAAUCCCUCAGUCAGAAUAUGGUAUAACUUCUUUAGGUUGAAACUAGUGAGCUAACUUCCUGCUAACUUCGAACUCUGUUAAACUUCAUAAAUGCUGUUUUCAUGGAUGCCUGGAUAUUAAACUGCUUUGUUAUACUUAGUAGAGCAGCCACACUGAUAAUUUUAGUAAAGAUAAAAGAAUAUAGACAGUUUUAACUCUCAUUAUUGCCUCAGUGUUUGUUUGGACCCAGAAGCAGGGUUCAUAUGCCAUCGCUUAACAACACAGUUUCAUAUAAAGAGAUAUUUAGAUAGUAAUUCAAACCAGCAGUGGCAAGGUUUUAAUCAUAAAAGACUAAAACAAAAUGGAAAUACUAUAUCUAAAAUCGGAUUGCUUUUUUGCUUUUGUAGUGGUAGUAGCUUUUUAAUUAGUUGUGGACUUGAGGUAGAUAGAAAAUUAGAGAGAAAUAAAAAGGUAAAAGGAUUACGAUGCAAACAUUCUUGGUUCAUGUCAACCAGGGAUAUUUGCAUUGUAUUUCUGUUGUGGUUUUAAUUUUAAGGGUCUAAACCAAAAGAAGAUCCAGAGCUUCAUGAUUUUAAUUAUUUCAUUUACUUCCUAUGCUGUGUUUAAAUAUGUUAUGUUUAGUUUUGCUUCAUUAGGUGGGUACUUUAUUUUUUUUAGGUAUUUGGAUUUAACCUUGUGCCUCAUAGAACAAAGAAUGACAAUUUCAAUUUGUAAUACAAAUAUAUGUUUUCUGCAAUACAGACUUUGAGUAUCAUAUGAUUAAUAAAACGGUAGCAAAUAACUACUAUCAACUUUUACUUAAGCUACAAUAUCAUUUUGAAUUUUGUUGUUAUUAAUCUAUACUAAUUCUAAAUGUAUGCAUGUGCUUCGUUUUUGUAUUGCUGUUAUAAUAAAAUAUAACUUGAGUUUAAAAGCAUGUGUAGUCGCAAGAACAGUUUUUUCUAAUCCCAUGAACAUGAAAAAGACAUGUUUUAUAUUCAUGGUCUCUGAGUACUGCUAUUUAUUAAUUUCAUGCAAAAACAUCCUUGUUGUAAUGUAGUGGAAAGUGGCAUGGUGGAAUAAUAGAGAGAAUCUCCCAAUAAACAUUGGAUGCAUUAUUUUCUAUUUUAA